AUGAGACUGAUGAUAUGUAUUGAUCAUAUAAAGUCAAAGUCAUUUUACGCAAGCAUGAUCCUCUUAUUGGCUAACCAAAGGGGGAUGCUAAACUAAUUGCUCAUAAUAGCACCAACGUUUAACCUUAGAAUUUCCGAUAAAAAAUAUGAACUCUACUUUUUCAUAUACAUUUUCCUGCAAAAAAAUUUUAAUAGGGAGAAGAACAUUUGA